CAGGCUCAGAUGGAGGACGCACCCGCCGGCCAGCCGGGAACCUUCCCUCGCGGGCUCCCAGGGCGGAUCUCUUCCUCUCUCCAGCCCUGCUCAGGCAUUGGGCAGGUCCAGCUGAGGUACACCUCCUGCAGCUGGGUUCCAAGUGCACCUCCAGCCUGAUGGGCCUGACCAAGGAGGCUUCCAGGACCACAGAAGGGGCUGCAACCCAGGUACCCAGAGAGUGAGCGUCUCCACGCAGGACAGUGCACGGCGGCUGACACCUGCAGGGACGCCCGCCGGACAAGCACGCGGAGGGCCCUGGCCUCCACAGACGUGCCAUGCCAGCGUGCGGAGCAUCUGUUCCUCCCACUCUCUGCAGUUCACAAACCCAACCCAAACCACCGCAGGUGCUCCUCGGGAGUUUCCUGUCUGACAAAUGCCGGGCUCACUUCAAGGAGAAUCACGCUUCUUUCUAAAGAUGGAUUCGCUGUUUAAAACAGAGCUCUGGGAGCCUUUUGGCAAAUCUUGAAAGCUCCACGGUGCAGAGACAUGGCUGUGACUUCCCAAGCCCAGGGCGUGGGCCUGGAGAUGUACCCGCGCACCAUGCAGCCUGCAGCCCCCAACACCACCUCCCCCGAGCUCAACCUGUCCCACCUGCUCCUGGGCGCUGCCCUGGCGAACGGGACGGGCGAGCUCUCGGAGCACCAGCAGUACGUGAUUGGCCUGUUCCUCUCGUGCCUCUACACCAUCUUCCUCUUCCCCAUCGGCUUUGUGGGCAACAUCCUGAUCCUGGUGGUGAACAUCAGCUUCCGGGAGAAGAUGACCAUCCCCGACCUGUACUUCAUCAACCUGGCGGUGGCGGACCUCAUCCUGGUGGCCGACUCCCUCAUCGAGGUGUUCAACCUGCACGAGCAGUACUACGACAUCGCCGUGCUGUGCACCUUCAUGUCGCUGUUCCUGCAGGUCAACAUGUACAGCAGCGUCUUCUUCCUCACCUGGAUGAGCUUCGACCGCUACAUUGCCCUGGCCAGGGCCAUGCGCUGCAGCCUGUUCCGCACCAAGCACCACGCCCGGCUGAGCUGCGGCCUCAUCUGGAUGGCAUCUGUGUCAGCCACGUUGGUGCCCUUCACCGCCGUGCACCUGCAGCACACCGACGAGGCCUGCUUCUGCUUCGCAGACGUCCGGGAGGUGCAGUGGCUCGAGGUCACGCUGGGCUUCAUCGUGCCCUUUGCCAUCAUCGGCCUGUGCUACUCCCUCAUCGUCCGGGUGCUGGUCAGGGCACACCGGCACCGCGGGCUGCGGCCCCGGCGGCAGAAGGCACUCCGCAUGAUCCUCGCGGUGGUGCUGGUCUUCUUCGUCUGCUGGCUGCCGGAGAAUGUCUUCAUCAGCGUGCACCUCCUGCAGCAGACGCAGCCCGGGGCCGCUCCCUGCAAGCAGUCUUUCCGCCACGCCCACCCGCUCACCGGCCACAUUGUCAACCUCGCGGCCUUCUCCAACAGCUGCCUCAACCCCCUCAUCUACAGCUUUCUCGGGGAGACCUUCAGGGAAAAGCUGAGGCUGUACAUUGAGCAGAAAACAAACCUGCCAGCCCUGAACCGCUUCUGCCACGCCGCCCUGAAGGCCGUCAUUCCAGACAGCACCGAGCAGUCGGACGUGAGGUUCAGCAGCGCCGUGUAGACGGCCUCGGCCGCACAGGCCCCGCCGGCGUGUGACUCGGGAGCUGCACACACCUGGGUGGACACAAGACACGGCCAUGUCAUGUCUCCAAACCGCUGUCAGACGUGGCUCCGGCUCCUCGGGGCCUCGAGAGAGUCACACUUGCCUGGUCACCCUGGGGCUGCUAAGGAAACCUCACGACUGGUCCUCCUUGGCCCUGCACUCCUCACUUCUCACAUAGAAUUGCUACAAUCCCAAAACGCUCGCCCCGCAGGGUCCAAAGGUCAGCGCUGACCAGCCUGUCGCCGUGGUCCUCCCCAUACACCCUGCCUGGCGCCACGGGAAACGCUUCCGACACCCUCGACCACGAACGUCACAUGGAGAGGCCACUGUGGUGACGCAACUCAGUUACACGUACCCUAAAGCAGGUCUGCCACUGUGGGGGAACUAACGCUGGAGACACAAGACGCUAGUGGGUCUCAGCUGGAUGCUGCGGUGUGUCCUCUGCACCCACGGUCGGGAACGCACGAGGUGUGAGCUAGCUGGCG